CUGCUGUACUUUCCCAGUAACAGUUCACGCUAGCCUGACAAAGUCAUAUGACCUUACAGGUUAUUUACUGUGUUCGCAAAAAUAGCAGGAAACAGCUUUAGCGUUAUAAGACAAGCAAGCUGUCGAGCCGAGCCUUCAUAACCACGCUCACUUUGUUCUUAAAACACGGUUCUGAAGUUCUGCUCCGGUCCAAACGUCGACGACGCUGAAACAAGGAUGCUGCUUGCGUGCGUGCUAGUGACGCUGCUGUGCGCUCCGGCGAUGGCUCGUUUGCACAUCGAUCCCACGCUGGAUCUACACUGGGAACUGUGGAAGAAGACUUACAACAAAGACUACUCCAGCCAGGAGGAGGAUGGGGAGAGGAGAGUGACCUGGGAGAAGAACCUCAAACUCGUCACCCUGCACAAUCUGGAGCACUCGCUGGGCAUGCACACCUACGACCUGGGCAUGAACCACAUGGGAGACAUGACCAGCGAGGAGGUUUUAGCCAAGCUGACCGGCUUCCGGCUGCCCUCUGACCUCAAGAGAGGCAAUGCCACUUUCACCCGGUCCUCCGGUGCCACGGUGCCCGACGCCAUCGACUGGAGGGACAAAGGCUGCGUGACGGAAGUAAAACACCAGGGGGCCUGUGGUUCCUGUUGGGCGUUCAGUGCUGCUGGAGCCCUGGAGGGGCAACUGAAACUGAAAACGGGCCAGCUGGUGUCUCUGAGCCCUCAGAACCUGGUGGACUGCUCCUCUAAGUACGGAAACUUAGGCUGCAACGGAGGCUACAUAACUGAGGCCUUCCAGUACGUCAUCGACAACCAGGGCAUCGAUUCGGACUCCUCCUACCCCUACACUGCCAGAGAUGACCAGUGCCACUAUAACCCUGCCACCAAGGCUGCCAGCUGCUCCAAAUACGUCCAGCUCCCAGAGGGGAACGAAGAGGCCCUGAAGGAAGCCGUGGGUACCGUCGGACCCGUAUCCGUGGCCAUCGAUGCAACGCGACCCCAAUUCAUUCUGUACAGAAGCGGUGUGUAUAAUGAUCCAAGCUGCACUCAGAAAAUCAACCACGCAGUGUUGACUGUAGGCUACGGGACUUUGGAUGGACAAGACUUCUGGCUGGUGAAGAACAGCUGGGGUACAAAUUUUGGGGACCAAGGCUUCAUCCGAAUGUCGAGGAACAAAAACAACCAAUGCGGCAUCGCUCUCUACGGCAGCUACCCUGUGAUGUAAUCACCUCGUGACGUCACACCGGCCUCGAUCAUCAUCCUCUCCCUUGAGAUUUUCCAGUUGCCUUCUCGCGUUCUAAUGCAAUUUUAUCUUGGCAUGGAGAGCCACCUAGUGGACACAUGUCGCAUUGUCUGUCUCCAGUUUCAUCAGCGAUCAGGACUGGCGGCCGGCCGCCUACCCGAGAGAGUUUUUUAAAAAUCAGUUUCUGUUUGACGAAGUGUAUUUUGUACGGCGGCUCGUUGAGGCCAUUAAUAAUAAUAAUAAUAAUAAUAAUAAUAAUAAUAAUAAUAAUAAUAAUAAUAAUAAUAAUAAUAAAUUUGUUAUGUCGAGAAAACGCAAGUGAUGUGUCGUGAUCACGAGAUCAAUGAUCACGUGAUCUCAACACAGCGAAGAAUUUUUUUCCCAAUGACCUCAACGAGCCGCCGUAUAACAGUGUUUUUUUGUGUGUGUUGUUACUAAAGUUGCGUGUUCAGUUUACACAUCUACAGUCUAAAUGAAUGAAUGAAGCACGUUGAACAAAACAAACAAACCAAAAAAAACAGCGUAUGCUAUUGAAUGAAUUGACAAAUUCGCUUAAGUGUCCAUGCUUACAGUGAACAUGCACUGGAUCUUACCUUGGUUAAGAAUCAAAAACACAGUGUCAAAUCUUUCUGUAAGAAAAAUCAUGAGUUGGUUCGGUAUGCAAUAAAGACUCAAAACCA